AUCAGGCUAAGGGGGUGAAGAGCUUUGUCCAUUUGGGACCCAUCGUGAAUUUGUAAAUUUUUUGGUUGAGCCGAUUUACAUGAGCAUACCUGUGAAAGGUACAAGUUGUGCCAUCCAGACCCAGGGACUGGUAUCUAAACUGAGCUUGAAAGCACACAGCUUUCUCUCUUAAUACCACGAUUAAACUUACAAUCCCUAGAUAAUCCUUGAAUUCUAAUGGACUGUCAUGUCUCAUCAUACUUGGUCAAAAUUUAUUGCCUCCUGUAUGUAAGGCUCUGUCUCCAUUCCCAGAACAUCCAAGCCCAACGCUGUCCCCAAUAUCUACGGUUAUAGAUAUGCACGCUUCCUCCUUGGCAGGUCUCACUUUCAACACGUUGAUACAACCCUUUUUGUUGAGACAUUGUGUUUUGUCUUUCCUUUUCAACCUUUCAGUCGCUUUGAACGAAUUUCGAAAGCCUACUGCUCCAUCGUGGCAAGUUCCCCGAGACGGCCGUGGUGGUCAGCCGACAGACCCGACUGCAUCGGCUAGAGCCUCCCGGUUCGCUUGGGACCCGAUCUACCGUCCAGUUUCCACAUGUUCCUACGCACGAUGAACAACCACACACAAUGACGGGAAUAUUUGGCAUCAUCAGCCGCCAUCUUUGAGCUAUUCAUAUCUUGACUGUGUUUGAUACCAACAACGGCUUAACCUAAGCAUAUCUACCAUCGUUGUUUAGAAAGCGAGCAAGCCAAGCACUUCCAUCCACGUCGAUCCAAACCGAACCAACUUUGCCUCCAUCCUCCCUCCAUAAUUCCUCAUAGGUUCUAUAUGCUGGGAUGCAUUUAUUAAAAAGUUUGGACAUCAGUCAGGUGGCCCCCCCUUUUCGUCGUCGGGCUCCAGGGUCCUUUGUGAGGCUCUUGAGGCCAAAUAUAGGAGUGGAUACGAGACGAAUGAACCCUUUUUAAGAUCCAUGGAGGCCUAGAACAUAUUGUUGGUCUGGACGUUUACAAGGGGCCAUAUCUCCGCUCCGUCUGGCUGGGCCGUGGAGCCUUUCAGUUGCUGUCAACCGAACACAUGACCGUGGUGAUCCAUGUGUCGUUACGCUCGUUAUCAAGACUUCAGGAGGUGGCUUCUAUGGCUGUCAGGCGCAUUUGACCAGUGUCUAUGAGAGCAAGUUGAAGUUGGGGGGCAAAAGAUAUCAGUGAAGACUUGUCGUAGUCAAUGACUCAGAAGGAAGUGUCUUUUCUAGGCAUUUUUUCUUGGAAUAACAAUGAACAUUAUUUGUGUACCUAAUAGGUAUGCGCCCAGCAAGUUUAUCCUCCCC